GACAGAUUUCUCCUGGCGCAGACCGGCGACGAUCCGGUCGGCAGAUUGUACAGGACCGUGAGGGACUAGAUGAGGGUGUUCCACUCGAGGCGAGGGGAUUGGGGAGGUGACCUCUCCGAUGCCGAGGCGGAGGAUUGCAGGGGGGAUAGCGAGACCGAGCGAUGUGCAGCGUGGUGGUUUGAGCAUGGACGUGCCCACCCGGAGUUGCGCACCAUCGCCAUCCGUGUCAUGCACUUGUGGACGUCUGCCUCUCCAGCGGAGAGGAACUGGGCGCAGCAUGAGCGCAUCAACACGGCGAGGCAUGCCAAGCUUGGGUUUGCCAAGCUUGCACAGCUGGUUGAGAUUGCCACCAAUCUCAAACCGGCCUCGUGUGCACGGCAGGGUGGUGGCUACGUGUUGCCAUGGGUUAUGGGGACCGGUGGGGGGGGGACGGAGGCAGAGGACGAGGAUGAGGACGGAGAUGUGGAGCCCGAGGUGUGGGGACCACGACCUGCCGGUAGUGUUCCAGAGGUGGAGAUAGAGCGGCAGAUUGUCGCUUUCCAGCAUAAUCGACCGUCCAGAGCCCAUUCGGUUCGGGACGUGUUCGGCAGCAGGGCGACGGAGCUGCGACCGUGGCCACAGGGUGGGGAUGAUGUGGACGUUGUUGUGGCAGAGGACGACAUCGACGAGUGGACAGACGAUGAUGACACGCCGGUGAGUAGCGACCCGACGGCUGAGCGGUUGUACUUCACUUACGGUGGGGGUCGUGACGGCAUGGAUUCAUUCACAUCAGUUAUCAAUGGUGGUGCGCCGUCGACCGCACAGGCGAGUGGCAGCAGCAGAGCCGGUGGUGGUCGUGGAGGACGUUCGCAUGCGGAGGUUGGCCUUGACGACUCGGGGGAGCAGCAGCCACGGGGAGGUCUUCGGCAGACAGGCAGGCGAUGGGAGGUUAGGAGCGACAGCGAGGCCGAAGAGGAGGCCGAGGAUGAGCGGGUACCCCUUCACGAUCGUCGCUUCUCUCCCUCCCAUCAUCGGAGCGUUGUACAGCCCGAGGCACUUAGGCAUUCGAAGAGGUUGGCGUCGGCAGCAGGCAGAGACCGGACACAUGACGGCGAGGAUCGUGGGGGGGAGAGGACUCCUUCCGACGCUGGUAUCCGCCCCCACUCACCGUCGGUGCUCCGCACACACGAGUUUGACGUCGGAGGGCUUGGUGGGAGCUUGGGAGAUUUCAGUGUCGAGGGACGUUGGCGUGCCUCACCGUCGGAGGUGCGCACCGACGAGGACAUUGUGCGGGGCCCUGCUGAGACUGAGGAGGAGAGGGAUGCCCGUUUGGACCGAGAGGAGGAGGAGCGGCUGGGGAGUUUGCCACAAUGGGAGGGUCGGUUCGCGUAUCUUGACGAGCAGCGUCGGCGGAGGGAGUUGGAGACAGAAGGGGGGGGAGGCCGUGAUGUCGACGACUCGGGUGUCCCUGAGGAGGCAGUUCAGGGGGAGUUCGAUGAUGAGGGACAGGAUACCGCCGGUGUCGGUGGCGACGAUGGACCGGACGGAGAUGAUGACGACAACCACCUACCUCCCUUGCGCCUUGACGACAUAGCGCACACUUUCUUCGACGUCGACGCUUUAGCGCAAGCGUUGACGGAUGACCGUUUCGCACACCUGAGUCGCAAGAGCGGCAAGAGGGGGGCCCUUGGGAGGGUAUUUUCACCGCCGCUGUUCGUGGUGGAGAGCCCUCACUGGUCGGGUUCGUCGCUCAACGGCGUGAGAGGGAGGGAGUCCGAAGCGGGUGAGGUGGGGUCCGGCAGACGCAGCGACGACGACAGAGAUAGUGCAGGAUCGAUGCCUCCACCGCCCGCACGGACUCUGGAGGGUAUGGUCGACACCGGGGUCCGGACGGCGGCACCCGGAGUUGCGCACAGUGGCGGAUCCCCGCCGACAGUCCGAGGUGGUGUGGGUUGCGGAUGGUCAGCUGUUCGUCGGGUCGGGGACCAGUUGCGGGCGGAUUACGAUGCAGGGAAGGGCGUCUUCACGGGACGUACGCCAGUUAAGACGCAGGCUGCGGAGGGUGGGUCCGAACGUCUGAGCCUGCAGAUGGCAGGCCGCAUGCUCGGUUUGUCACGAGCGGAGACGAGGAGAUCAUUGGUCCUCGAGGCCACAGGGACAUCCACGGACAUGCUGCGGGAAGAGCAGUUCAUAUCUGGCGAGGAGGGGUUGUUCAUGCGUCCCGGGACGAGACGACAGCAUGGCUUCUCGGAGGUUGAGGCUCGACUCGCGGCAGGGGUCGCCGCUGGCCAGGCAGCAUUGGACGUGAUUCAGAGGGAGAGAGAGAUGGGGAUUGCUGCAGGGGCGGCGAAGCACGAGGACACAGACACAGAGUCCGAGCCGAUCGAGACUGCGGCCCGCAAACAUAGGGCACAGGUGGCCGCGGCAGCCGCUGCAGCACAGUCAGCAUACCUCAGCGGGGCACGAGGCACAGGUGCCGGAGGGAGAGGAGGGCGUCGGGGAGGACUGAAUGGCCGCCGGUCCUCCGGGAGAGGCCGCGCGCGCUCUGGAGGGAGAUGACGACGUCUGUGGGGUUUUUUUUUUUUUUCAUUAGUUUUUUUUUUUUUUUUUGCGUGGCUGUACAGCCUGGACGCUCUGUCGGCAGGGUUGUUGCAUAUUUAUGUCGAUGUUGUUCCAUGGAGACGACGACAGUAUGUGGACAUUAGGGUUUUUUUAUUUUUUUAUUUUUUUUUGCUGCUCGGUUGUACAGUAAAGACGAUAGGUCCACUUUUUUGCUUCAGCCUUGUACAUAAGGUCCAGUUUUUUUUUGCUACUCGGUUGUACAGUAGAGACGACGGGUCCUGUUUUUGGCUUCAGCCUUGUACAUACGCAUUUCCAUUGAAAUGCUUUGUCAUAUAAUUGCUCUUGUUCGUGUUUCUCUACCAACAUUGGUCUUGCAUCUGAGUCGCUAUUGUUUGGUGACUGGUUUGUUGUUUGUUGUCGUGAUUGUUGCAAAUUAUUUGUUUCUCCGAUGCCACGCACCUGCAUGUCAUGGAUGCCUCCAUUAUGAAUGUGCUGUUAAUUUCAGAUGCGACAUAGGGAUGAUGUGCUAAUAAAUGUGUUCUUACAAA